AUGUCUCUGCCAGCUAGCGUUGUGGGCGCUAAGCCUCGUUCGAUUCCCAACACAAGCAAGUAUGGAGGUCGAUACAUGAGAUACUUGCUUGUUGCGGAGUGUGAUCAGUGGAAGGUCUACCCUGUACUGGAUAUGAGGGUGACUGAGCCUGUAAACCAGUUUGUUUUCAGUCAAGACGAGCGAUAUCUCUUGAUCUCAGGUGUUGGUGUCUACAGCUUCAUCGCAAUCUUGAUGAAGGUGGAGAAACGUGCGUGA